CUGAUGACACGGGUGAUUCUUUUGUGUGCCGAGCCCCUCCACGCUCCCCUUGCCAGGGUAUAAAAGCUUGGGCGCUAGGCAGAGGGGGCCAGCACGAGCCAGCCAACCCGCACGGCACUGCAAGCUGUACUCACCUCACGCAGACUCUUCUGAACCUUCGCCAUGUCUCAGACAGCCAAGUCCGCUGCCAGCCAGGGCACCGAUGCCAAGGACAAGGGCACCCCCGCCCCUGCUGCCACCAGCAAGGCCACCAAGACCGGGGACCCCAGCAUGGGUAACUUCAGAAUCAUGCUGUUCGAUCAGGAGAACUUUCAGGGCAGGAUGGUGGAGAUCCAGAACGAGUGCGUGAACAUGUGCGACCGUGGCCUGGACAGAGUGCGCAGUCUGCGCGUAGAGUGCGGCCCCUGGGUUGGCUUUGAGCAGACUAAUUUCCGUGGCGAGAUGUUCAUCCUGGAGAAGGGAGAGUAUCCUCGCUGGGACACCUGGUCCAACAGCUAUCGCAGUGACUGCAUCAUGUCCUUCAGGCCUAUCCGCAUGGACAGCCAGGAGCACAAGAUCUGUCUCUUCGAGUUGUCUGACUUCAAGGGCAACAAGAUGGAGAUCCAGGAGGAUGACGUGCCCACCCUCUGGGCACACGGCUUCUGCGACAGGGUGGGCAGCGUGAGGGUCACCGGAGGAGUGUGGGUUGGCUACCAGUACCCUGGCUACAGAGGCUACCAGUAUCUGUUUGAGUGUGGCGACUACAGACACUACAACGAAUUUUGUGCCAUCCAGCCCCAGAUUCAGUCCAUGCGACGUGUGAGGGACAUGCAGUUCCACCAGCGCGGGUGCUUUAACUUUACCACUGCCAGCAAGUGAGGUCCCCCUGCUGGCAACCUCCAGCACUGCACCAAGCUCAGGGGCUGUUUUAUCCCCUGCUCCCUCUCUCCCUCCCCAACACAUCCCCUCUGACUUCAACCUGAAAAAAGAGAUAUAAAUAUGACAGCAUCGUAACGGACAUCUACCUAACUUUUUAUGAUGCCAUUAAUAAACAUGUUUUGGAGAACGGA